GUUUAAUGAUAUUGUUCAUCGAAAUCAGAAAAUCAGAUUGCGUUUAUGAAAUAUUAAUAGAGAUUAUUGAUUCUAGGUAGUAAAUUAAUUUCCAAGGACAAUGCUUCUUAAACUGGCCCACUGCGUUCCAAGUUUGAUAUUAAUUGCCAUCGGGGCUAUCGUGAUGCUGACAAAUGGUUACUUAUAUAUAACUCGUGGAAAUAAAGUGACCUCAUUCCUAAUAGAGAAAAAAAUACCAAAGUUUCAAGUAACUGAAAAUGAGAAAAUACUACCUGGUAAGGAGAAAAGACUACCUGGUUUCAUUAUAUCUGGAUUUCAGAAAUGUGGCACACAGGCCCUUGCAACAUUUCUUUCAUACCAUCCUAAACUUACAAGAGCUGGUAAAACAGAAGUUCAUUUCUUUGAUAGAAUAGCUAAAUUGGAUAAAUCUGUCUCAUAUAUGGAUCUCAUGCCAGAUAUAUAUCCAUGGGAGAUGUCAUAUGAGAAGACUCCAGCCUACGCUGACAGGGUUAACGUAUCAACGAUUUACAAAACCGUACCCGGGGUAAAAAUUAUACUUCAGAUAUGCGAUCCAGUAGAUAGAACUAUGUCAGCUUUCUUACACUGCCAGCAAAAUGCACUCAAAGGAUUUAUAGUUUCCAAAAAUGAAACAUUCGAAAGCGUCAUCCUGGAUGUGAAUGGUCAAGUAAAUGAGACGUCUCCCCUCAUUAGGCGUGGCGUUUAUAUAGAUUACAUACAAAACUACUUGAAAUAUUUCCCACGUGAUCGGAUCUUGAUUACAGAUAUGAUGAAGCUGAAGAUAAAUCCAGCGGAAACUUUACACCGAGUUGAAACAUUUUUGAACAUAACACAUUUCUUCAAAGAAAAACAGUUUUACUUUAAUAUAAUGCUAAAUACAAGUUGUAUACAUACAGAUAUCAGCAAUGCAACACCAAUAAAAAAGUCAAAAGUUGAAUGUUUAGGGACGUUAGGAAGAAAUAAGCACAGAUUACAUCCAGCGAUGAAACCGAAAACAAGGAAGAAACUGCAAAAAUAUUUUGCACCAUUCAAUGAAAAACUUAAAAAAGUCAUAAUAGAGUUAAAUUAA